AAGGCUGGUAUAGUACCGGCUUCGCUGGGAUUUGAACCGACACUUGGAGAUGGUUGCCUCCUUGCGCAUGCGAUGGGCCUGGAUAGCGGCAGCACCUGUGCUCUUUUCACCAAUCCUCUACUUUGGCAUGCCCUUCAGAAGCGUCUACUGUAUAGUUCUGAUCAGUUCAUUCUGGAUCAUGGAAGUAGCUCCUACGGGCAUCGUAUCACUAUUGCCCAUAUUUUUAUACCCAGUGCUUGGUAUUAGCUCUGCCAAGUCUAUAUGUCUGGUUUACUUCAAGGAUUCAAUUGUGCUCUUCAUUUGCACUUUGAUAAUGACGCUAGCAGUGGAGGAAACGAAUCUGCACAAAAGAGUAGCUCUAAAGUUACUUUGUAGCGUUGGAACGAGAAAACAAACCAUGCUGCUCGGAUUCAUGGGAACCACGGCUUUUCUAUCAUUUUUUGUCUCUGACACUGCAUGUACGGCUCUGAUGAUUCCUAUAGCAUUAGCCAUCAUAAGGACUAUUACCAGGAGUACAGAGGCAAGCGAAGAUGGCAGAAAUGAUGCGGCGACGGUAGAAAGUGCAGCUUUCAAACAUCUGAAGAAAGACGAGCGAGGAUUUGCUAAGGCUCUCGUGCUUGCAUGUGCACAUGGAUCGCUUAUCGGUGGAACUGCAAUCAUAACAUCAACUGGUCCAAACCUCGUUUUUCGUGAGAUUAUUCAAACAAAUUAUGCUGAAAAUGAAGUGAGUGUAUCUUAUGUGCAGUGGAUGGCAUUCGCAAUGCCUCCCAUGUUACUGUACCUAGCGUCAUCGUUUAUUGUUCUGACGUGCUGCUUCAUGGGUCCUCGCCAGCUUUGUACAUGGUUUACUCCUCAAACAAAAGAAGAGCAGCGAAUAUCCGUAGCUGUGGAGAAGAGGAUACGCACUGCUUACGAUGAGCUUGGAGCAAUAACAUUUGGAGAAAAAUCGGUGUGUGCUUGGUUCCUGAUUCUCAUGGCCUGCUGGAUAAUGCGCAAACCUGGCUUUAUCCCCGGCUGGGGCGAGCUUUUUCCUGAUCAUGGGAAAUUGCUGAGUGACACCGUACCUGCAAUACUUGUAGCUUUCUUACUGUUUGCAUGGCCGAGAGAUCCGUGGGCAAAAGAGCCUGUGCCAAUUUUGAACUGGAACGCAAUGAAAGCAAAGUUUUCGUGGUCUUGCAUCCUGCUAAUUGGAGCUGGCUACGCCAUAUCUGAAGGAGUACAGAAAUCGGGACUUUCUAUCCUGAUUGCAUGCCUGAUGAAAGACGUUUUCGGCAAGCUUGAUCACGUCUACCUCUUAUUCGCUGUGACCGCUUCGAUCACCUUUAUGACCGAGUUUGCAAGCAACGUCUCAACAGGAAGUGUGUUCAUCCCAAUUGUGUUGACGAUUGCCGAAUCUAUUCAUAUUCAUCCACUUACUCUAUCGUUACCGGUAACCGUUGCUUGCUCGUUUGCUUUCAUGUUACCGAUGGCUACACCUCCAAACGCCAUAGUAUUUGAUACAAAGCUUGUCGGAAUGCUUGAAAUGUUACUGAGUGGUAUUCUACUGAAUAUCUGCUGCAUUCUGAUAACAGUUCUGAACUUGAGUACAUGGACGCAUUGGUUGUUCGAUCUCGGCACCUUCCCGCAGCUCACGCAACACUACAACGGAACACUUGAUUGCUAGCAUUUCAUAAAG